CCCAGGUUCCAACAGGUCGAGUGCCGCUGCGCGUUCUUGCCUGCAUGCCACCCUCUCCUUUUCUUCCUUUCUCCAUCCUGCCAAUUUUUUUGGAUUAAUACUCUGGAGCAUGCUUUUUAACAUACUUCCAGCAACUCUUCAGUAUCUCUUGACAUCCUACUUCUGGAAGAUGCCGAAUGUGUCGCCGCCAGCUAGCUCGAUGAAGUUCGAGCUCCGACACGUCCAUGGCCUUGUCACCAAUACUACUCGAGUCGUCUUCAACAAUGUUGCUCAGUCGUUGUUUACUGCAGAUACCUAUGAAGUUCAAACACGGCCGACGAGAGUGUCCAAGGCGCGAUCUCAGUCCGACUUCUUUAGCGCACGCUUCGGACGUGUCGAGCCUAUGUGGGACAGUUUGGAGGUCGAGGGUCCUAAUGUGCGCGACCGCAGAACGCUGCAGCUGCUAGCAAACAUGUCCAAUAAUGCGUAUUUCGAGGACCACGCGAAGACUGGAUGGUAUGACCUGGGAUCCGAAUGGAAUACGAGCUAUCCCUUUGGGUGGGAGCCUGAUGCAGAUGGAUUCCGCGGACAUAUCUUUGCGAACGAGGAUAACUCUACUGUCGUCGUCUCUGUCAAGGGAACCUCAGCCGGCUGGAUUGUGGGCGGCAGCGGACCUACGACGCGUAAGGACAAGCUUAACGACAAUCUACUCUUCUCUUGCUGCUGCGGUCGCGUUGGGCCGACGUGGACCCCUGUAUGCCCGUGCUAUUCAGGCAGCUACAAAUGUGACCAGCAGUGUCUAGAAGACAGCCUCGCGGAAAAGAGCCUCUUUUAUUCUGUCGGCAUCAAUUUGUAUAAUAACGUAACAUACAUGUAUCCUAAUGCUAAUAUUUGGUUGAUCGGGCACUCACUUGGUGGGUCGCUGGCGUCUCUGAUUGGAGUAACGUUUGGAGCCCCAGUCGUCGCCUUCGAGUCUCCCGCUGAGAAGCUUGCCGCGUCUCGAUUGCACCUACCUAUACCCCUGUCCACAGAGCAUAUAACGAACGUCUACCAUACUGCUGAUCCCAUACCCAUGGGAGUAUGUUCUGGCUACACUUCACUUUGCACGGCUGGCGGAUAUGCCAUGGAGACGCAGUGCCACAUGGGUAAAGUCAUCAGGUACGACACAGUGUCCAAGCUUGGCUGGUCCGUCGACAUUCGUACGCACGGCAUAGCCGUCAUUGUCGAGAAGCUUCUUGCUGCCGACUGGGAAGACGCAGAGCAGGGUGGUGUGCCUGACUAUUACGAAGAGGAAGACUGCGUGGAUUGUUUCAAUUGGGAGUAUGGCAACUUCAAGAACACUUCUGUGAAAGGCUGUCCCGGAUCGACACUCUUGUAGACCUUCCAGCUGUAGCGGCCCAAUAUCGUAAUUACACUCUAGACUGGCCACUAGGCCUGCAUUGUCAUUUCAUAUACAUCGAUGCCGUGCCCUCGCACGACUCUCGCGCAGGUUAUUAUUGUACAAUACCGUCAAAAUCCCGCACCCUCGCAUGUAAACAGCCGAGGUAUGGCUUUUCCUUUACGCCAAGCCCCGAAUAGAUAAUCCGACGUUAUGCUAGUUCACUUGAUGCCAGCUAGCACCCUCCCGUUGUGCCUGUGCAGUGCUAAACGCCGCAGGCACAGCGUGCGAAAUACU